GCCAGCUAGUUAUUUCGUAAGAUAUUAAUAACAAAUGCGAAUAUAUUAAAAAAUUAUACUUUUAUUGCGAGAAUGUUGCGGAAACUGAAUACUCCAACGACUACUUUGGUGCGAGCAGCAUCAACACGCGUCGAAAAAUUGGAAGAAAUUCGUGAACGGUUAUCAAAAGGCCCAAAUUUUCAAGAUUUUAUCCAAAAUUCUGAUGCUGUUAAAGAGGAAUGGGAGAAUUACGAUGGCAAAUUGCGUCGGGAAAAGGGAGAAACCCAACAAUUGCGCUUGCCUCCAUGGCUAAAGACAACAAUCCCAAUGGGCAAGAAUUAUGCUAAGAUUAAGUCUCAGCUGAGAGACCUCAAACUGUCCACAGUGUGCGAGGAGGCGCGUUGUCCCAACAUCGGUGAAUGUUGGGGCGGUGGCGAGCAUGGCACACAGACGGCGACAAUUAUGCUYAUGGGCGACACUUGCACACGCGGCUGUCGUUUUUGCUCGGUGAAAACAGCUCGAGCGCCUCCGCCUUUGGAUGUGAACGAACCGGUGAACACGGCUAAAGCAAUUUCAUCCUGGGGCCUGGAUUAUAUAGUGUUGACAUCUGUGGAUCGCGACGAUCUUCCUGAUGGUGGCUCCAAACAUAUUGCAGAGACAGUGCGGGAAAUAAAAGCGCGCAACUCCAAUAUAUUUGUGGAGUGCUUGGUUCCCGACUUUCGUGGAGAUUUAGAGUGUGUGAAGACAAUUGCAAGUUGCGGUCUCGAUGUAUACGCACACAAUAUUGAAACAGUAGAAAAGCUAACGCCAUUUGUGCGUGAUCGCCGUGCUCAUUAUAGGCAAACGCUUCAAGUGCUUCGCGAGGCCAAGAACUUUAAUCCGAAUCUCAUCACCAAGAGUUCAAUUAUGCUGGGCCUAGGCGAAACAGAUGCAGAAGUGGAGCAAACGAUGCAAGACUUACGAGAGGUUGGCGUUGAAUGCCUGACCCUAGGACAGUACAUGCAGCCUACAAAGAGACAUCUGAAAGUCAUCGAGUAUGUUACGCCUGAAAAGUUUAAGCAUUGGGAACAGCGAGGCAAUGAGCUGGGUUUUCUUUAUACUGCCAGUGGACCUCUUGUGCGCAGCUCUUACAAGGCUGGCGAGUUCUUYAUUACGAGCAUCCUAGCAAAUCGUAGAAAGUCGGUUUAAUUGAAUGAUACUCAGAUUAAUUCAAAUUUUU